UCUACUCCUAGACUACAGUGGCUACAGCCACCCAAUACCGCCACAAAAAAUCAGUCAGAGUUUAGGACCCAGAGCCCUGUUUUAGGCUUACGGGAUAUGACAGCUGACUGAAAAUCAAUGAAGUGUGAUUUACCGAGCCUCAUAAUGAGGCAAGAUAAGGCUGAAAGGUGCUGUCUUGCCUUGCAGACGCAAUUGUCUGCCUUGAUUUUUAACUAGAUUGUUUUAGUCCCCUAUUAGGAUAAGACUGAUUUGCUUAUGAAAAAAAAAGAUCAGAUUUAAAGGAAAAGCCAUGGUGAUGCCCAUGCUUUGCCUAGCGCUCUUUGUGCUGUGUCUGAGCCACUCAGAUGUGGCUGCCUUCAGUUCAAUCGCUGAAAAUGAGGACGCGCUCCUCAAGCACUUAUUUCAAGGCUAUCAGAAAUGGGUCCGCCCCGUGGAAAACUCCAAUGACACCAUCAAAGUCCUUUUUGGAUUAAAGAUAUCACAGCUUGUGGAUGUGGAUGAGAAGAAUCAGCUGAUGACAACGAACGUGUGGCUGAAGCAGGAAUGGAUUGACCACAAGCUCUCCUGGAAUCCAGAGGAAUACGGUGGGAUCACUGCCAUCCGCGUCCCGUCUGAGUCCCUGUGGCUUCCCGACAUUGUUUUAUUUGAAAAUGCUGAUGGACGUUUUGAAGGAUCCCUGAUGACCAAAGUCAUAGUGAAGUACAAUGGAGUGGUAACCUGGACGCCACCAGCCAGUUAUAAGAGCUCCUGCACGAUGGACGUGACCUUCUUCCCCUUCGACAGGCAGAACUGCUCCAUGAAGUUUGGGUCGUGGACGUAUGAUGGCAGUAUGGUGGACUUGAUUUUAGUGGAUGAAAAUGUAGACAGGAAAGACUUCUUUGAUAAUGGGGAGUGGGAGAUCUUAAACGCCAAAGGUAUGAAAGGCAACAGGAAGGAUGGGCUGUACUCUUACCCAUUUGUCACUUACUCCUUUGUUUUGAGACGCCUUCCACUGUUUUACACUCUUUUCUUAAUAAUCCCUUGCCUGGGAUUGUCUUUUCUAACUGUCCUGGUGUUUUACCUGCCUUCAGAUGAGGGAGAAAAGCUUUCAUUGUCUACAUCAGUUCUAGUCUCCCUCACUGUUUUCCUUUUAGUGAUUGAGGAAAUAAUCCCUUCUUCUUCCAAAGUCAUCCCUCUGAUUGGUUGUCCAAGACUGGAAAUUUGUGGCUCAAGUCCUGGAUCGGAUCUUCCUGUGGUUAUUUCUGGUGGUGUCAGUGACGGGUUCAGUUCUGAUCUUUACCCCUGCAUUACAGAUGUGGCUGAACAGCACUUUGUAGACAAUGCUCCCACAGUAGCAUACAAGUACAAUGCCAAGGGAUGGUGGUGCCUUCGAGCUUGGUCUCUAUUGUACAGAUGGGAAGCAACAGCAGGAACGAGGGAAGGUGAUGGUAACAGCGGGCAUUGACUACUGCUUUCUAUCUUCGUACAACUCUACCAGUUACAGAUUCAGCUGAGAUCAGAGAAGGACUUAGUGCGCAGCUGAGUCCUAAAGUGAAUUGGGGUUGCACAAUUGGGUUAUAAGUAUUUUACUGGUAGCCUGGUUAUAUUAAAAUAACAGCCAAGAUUAUUAGUUAAAAUUGGAAAUAGUACUUCUGGCACAAUGAUUAUAAUUAAAAGGCAGAUCGGUCAGUUAAAAUGCUACUUUAUAAAAGAAGUUAUAGUAGGAACACAAAUCAGUACUCAGUUUAUCUACAUUUCCAAGUAAAACCCACAAAGUCUCUACAAAUCACUUUGUGCAUGUGUCAGAACUGGCAAUUGCACAGCACAUGCAUCAGAAAAAGUACAAAUACCUUUUAGAUGGGAUGCUCAAAACCGUGACUCUGCAGCCUCACCUUGCUGCAGGAUUAGCUCAACAGUGGCAGAACUUACCACUCUGCCCACCUGCUACCAGCCUUUAUGGCAUGCACACUUCGUCUCUUCUGUUGGCCAUCAGGAAGCUAUAAGGUGUUACCCACUUUGCAGUAUUACUUGCAAUUUUGCCUGUUGCUCUGUAAUGUACCAAAAGACUGAACAAAUAAGGAUUUUCCCCAUGAUCUGCAUUUAGAAACUAUGAUUCCUGCACCUGCUUGUUCACAAGACAAAUAGAAGAUCACCUGAAGCAUAUCGCAUGGAGAAAGGUGGCUAUGCUACCCCAUAAGGCAACAGUGAUCUUCCUAAACAGUUCAGUUGCAGGGAAGCUGCAGACAUCACUUUCAGCAAAUGAAACUUGUGGUUGGAGCAGAAGUGGAGUUUCUCCUGAGAGCUGUGGGGUCGCUGUCUACUGGGAAGAUACAUAUUUGGGUGUUGGCUUGUUCAUGUUUCCCAGGCAAUUCAGAAUUUCAUUCCUUUAAUUUAUUAAAAUGGGAUCCUUCUGCAUGCUUAGAAACAGCCCUUAAAAGUGUAAAUGAGACCUGACAGAAAAUGCAGAGGUGAAGCUUUCACCACUUUUGCUGAGGCAGUGUUUUCCCAACAUGGAGUGCUUCAGAAAAUCCCAUUCAGAACUUGCAGAUGUUUGCAAGACUAGCAAAGGAUUUGGAGAUCCAAUUUUCGACCAUCUAAAUGUGAAUCUGGUAUUAAAGCUUUAGUUAGCCUUGAAACUUUCUCCCUAGGAAUGGAGGUUAGAGGGUGUUAAAAAAACACAGAGGUAUUCUUGUGCUUGGAUUAUGUGUGCACACCAGACCUCUGUGAGUUAAUAUCAUCCCAUCUUAUUGUGUCAUCGAGAAAGCUCUGUUCACUUGUGCAAUCACUAUUAAUAAAGAUGUAUUUAGUAAAUGA